GGCGUAGAAAGUAAAGCUAGACACUCUGUCCCAGAGUCAUGGAGGACAGGAGGCCACAGAAGUCAUGUGACGAGGCCAUUGGAUCAUUAGUGAGGCAGGAGUAUGAGGCGGCGGUGGCCCACAGCACAGAGGCCCUGCUGGCCAUGGGGCCCCGGACCCCGACCCCCAGCACUGCCCUCCUGCGCACGCGAGCCCUGCUUUACCGCAUAGCAGCACGACUACAGCUGAAGGACUACGAUCAGGCUGAUGAAGACUGCAAGCAUGUGUUUGCUGAGGAGCUGGCCAAGGGAGAUGGCAGUUUCAGGGCAGGGCUUCAGAGUCUGCUGCUGGACGGAAGCUUGCAGGAAGUGUGCAGCGUUCUCUCUAAGGCGCUCUACGGAGAACCACUGAAUGGGAUCAUGACUAAAGACAUGACGAGACUGAAGAGGCUCCUCUCAGAAAUAGAGGCGGCGAGGAGUAAAGUGGUGUUUUCUGAAGAGAACGAGGAGGAUGUUCAGGAGGGCUGGCAGUUUCGUCCUCCUCCUCGAGGGGUCACUAGUAGUGAAGAAUACACAUUGUGCAAAAGGUUUUUGGAGCAGGGUCUGUGCCGGUACGGAGCUCAGUGCACCUCUGCUCACUCUCAGGAGGAGCUGACCGAAUGGCAGCGGCGCUACGCCUCGCGCCUCAUCCGCCUCAAGCAGCAGCAGGAGGGCAAACACUUCAGCGAGAACUACAUGGAGGCGCUCAUCGAGAAGUGGAUCAACUCACUCACGCCCGAAAGAGUGAUGAAUGACUGUGUGGAUGGAGUUACAGUGGAGCACAGCUCAGAUCUCUCCAUUACCGUCAACACCAAGAAAUCAUCCCACUCCUGGACGUUCACGCUCUUCUGCAAGCCGGUCCGCACUCUCCAGCGCAUCGCUUUGCUGUACGACGCCAACCGGCCUCAUUUCUCCAUCGCGGCGGUGUCUGCCGGAGACGCCUCGGCCCUGGAGCCGCAGCCGGUGUGCCCGGGCGGCUGUCAGGAGUGGAGUGCCGCCAGCCCGGUGCAGAACGGGAUGGACCACUGCAUCUACACAGUGGAGAUCGCCUUCAGCACAGAGAUCUUCGGCACCUUCCGGCAGACCGUGGUCUUUGAUUUGGGCUGCGAGCCGGUGCUAAUGCAGAGAGUGAUGGUGGACGCCGCUUCCAUCGAAGACCUGGAGCACCUGUUGCAGGCGCGGCAGCAGCUCCUGAUGACGGCCAAGCGCUGGGACUCGUCCUGCAAAACUAUCGUGGAGUUCGUCCCGAAUGAGAACAUGGACCUGGAGCGCAGCUUGCUGACCCGCUACCAGAUCCCGCUGUCCGCCGACCAGCUCUUCACGCAGUCCGUCCUGGACAAAACCCUCACCAGAGACAACUACCAGCCGCGGCUGCACGACCUGCUCUACAUCGAGGAGAUCGCGCAGUACAAGGAAGUCAGCAAGUUCAACAUUAAGGUUAACCUGCAGCUGGUGACGAGCUUCAUGCUGACGGGCAUUUCAGGCGGUGCCAAAUACGCUCAGAACGGACAACUGUUUGCACGCUUCAAGCUGACGGAGACUCUGUCUGAAGACACGCUGGCCGGCAGACUGGUCAUGACGAAGGUCAACUCUGUGCUCCUGCUGCCCGUUUUUAAAGAGCGCAUGGGCCAGAACCAGCCGGCGGGAGCCAAGGAGCGCGUUUACGAGGCGUUAAUUGAGGAGAAAACGAAGGAUUACAUCUUCCUGCGGGUCUGUAAGGAGUGCUGUGAUGAGCUGGGGCUGGUGGCCGAUCAGGAGCUGCAGGUGGAGCUGCAGUUUCAGCUGAACAGGCUCCCUCUGUGUGAGAUGCACUACGCUCUGGACCGCGUCAGAGAUAACAGUAUCCUGUUUCCAGACAUCAGCCUCACUCCCACAAUCCCCUGGAGUCCCAACAGGCAGUGGGACGAGCAGCUGGAUCCGCGUCUGAAUGCCAAGCAGAAGGAGGCGAUUCUGGCCAUCACCACCCCGCUCUCCAUCAACCUCCCGCCGGUGCUCAUCAUCGGGCCCUACGGCACCGGCAAGACCUUCACGCUGGCCCAGGCUGUCAAACACAUCCUCAAGCAGCCCGAGUCACGGGUUCUGAUCUGCACACAUUCGAACAGCGCCGCCGAUUUGUAUAUUAAAGAUUACCUUCAUCCUUACGUGGAGGCGGGAAAUCCACACGCACGACCUCUCAGGGUUUACUUCAGGAACCGCUGGGUGAAGACGGUCCACCCGCUGGUGCAGCAGUACUGCCUGAUCUCCGGAGCGCACUUCACCUUCCAGAUGCCCACGCGGCAGGACGUGGAGCGCCACCGUGUGGUCGUGGUCACGCUCAGCACAUCCCAGUACCUCUGCCAGCUCGACCUGGAGCCAGGGAUCUUCACACACAUCCUGCUGGACGAGGCGGCUCAGGCGAUGGAGUGUGAGACCAUCAUGCCUCUGGCUCUGGCUGUGAAGAGCACUCGUGUGGUUCUGGCAGGAGAUCACAUGCAGCUCAGUCCGUUCGUGUACAGCGAGUUUGCGCGGGAGAGGAAUCUGCACGUGUCUCUGCUGGACCGGCUGUAUGAGCAUUACCCGUCCGAAUACCCCUGCAGGAUCCUGCUCUGCGAAAACUACCGCUCGCAUGAGGCAAUCAUCAACUACACGUCGGAUCUCUUCUACGAGGGGAAGCUGAUGGCCAGCGGGAAACAGCCGCCACAUAAGGAUUUUUACCCCCUGACCUUCUUCACAGCCCGCGGAGAAGACGUGCAGGAGAAAAACAGCACAGCGUACUACAACAACGCUGAGGUGUUUGAGAUCGUGGAGCGUGUGGAGGAGAUGAGGAAGAAGUGGCCCGUGUCCUGGGGGAAGCUGGAGGAGGGCAGCAUCGGUGUGGUUUCGCCCUACGCCGACCAGGUCUUCCGGAUCAGAGCCGAACUGCGCAAAAAGAGGAUGUCGGAGGUCAGCGUGGAGAGAGUGCUCAACGUGCAGGGUAAGCAGUUCCGGGUGCUGUUCCUGAGCACGGUGCGCACGCGUCACACCUGCAAACACAAGCAGACGGCCAUCAAGAGGAAGGAGCAGCUGGUGGAGGACUCGACUGAAGAUCUGGACUACGGCUUUCUGUCCAACUACAAGCUGCUGAACACCGCCAUCACUCGAGCGCAGUCACUGGUGGCCGUGGUGGGAGAUCCUAUCGCCCUCUGCUCUGUGGGACGCUGCAGAAAGUUCUGGGAGACCUUCAUCUCCAUCUGCCAUGAGAACCACAGCCUCCACGGCAUCACCUUUGAGCAGAUUAAGAUCCAGCUGGAGGCCCUGGAGCUGAAGAAGACGUAUGUGCUCAACCCGCUGGCCCCAGAGUUCAUCCCUCGGGCCCUGCGCUCGCAGCAUCCGCCGCAACAGGGGCCCGGAAAACACCAGCACUCCCCACCAAAGGCGAAAGGACAGCUGGCCAAUCACACGGAGCCCUUCCCCCCUGAAGGUUUCGUUCAGCCCAAUGCUGCGGUAUUGAUGGGAAACCCAAUCCAGGCCUUUACUCCACCAGGAGCAGGAGCUCCAGCCUCUGGAAAAUCACCGAGUCCCGUUCAGAGACUCGACCCUGGGGCCAGCAUCCUUUACGUGCCUGCAGUCUAUGGAGGAAAUAUGGUGAUGCCCAUGCCUCUUCCGUUGCCCUGGGCCGGUUAUCAGAGCCGUUUUCCGAUGGAUCCUCGCAUUAUGAGCCACCAGGCGGCCAUGUACAACCUGAACCUGCGUCCUGCAGCCAGUCGCACCUCUCCAGUGCUGUACGGGUUCAGUCACGCGUCUCCUUUAGGCCUCAACCAGCAGCAAAAUACAGAGAAAGAGCUGCUUCAGGAGCCCAGCGGGAACGGGAAAAUGGACAUUAAUGGGAAAGCUGAGCACUGUCGACUGCUGACGCCUGAGAGAAAAGCCCCUGAACUGAAGGAAAAACAGGGGGAUCUAGAAUCAGUCCAAAACAAGAGUCCGGAGCCCCAGUCCAACAUGGGCUUCCCUGCGAACCGCCUCAUACGCAAAGACCCCCAGAGAGCCCUUAAUUUCCACAUGGCACCCCCGCAUCCCGCAUUCCCCUCUCAUCAUGGGACCAGCCAGUUCCCGCAGCAGUACGGCCUGUCCCGACCCCCUCUCCGCAUGCAGACGCCCAUGCACCCUCAGGCCUCCUCCUUCCCUCCGUCGUUCUACAGCGGGCCGCCGAUGGGACCCCGCGGGCUGCAGUCUCCGGUGCUGGAGGGCGGUGAGGACCCGAUGGGGGCCGGGAUGUCUGAGGAUCUGAAGGGUGUGGUCCGGGGUCUGCCUGCACAGAUGCACCAGCAGCCGCUCCGGCUCAACAGCUUCGGGGAAGAGAGCUUGGACUCGCUGUUGGGCGACACUUUAGAUGGUCAGGCGUCGUCGGGAAUGGAUGCUCUUCAGCAUCAGCAGCAGGCUCGUGUGGGUCAGUGGGGGGAACACACACCCUUCCUGCCGGCCGGUGUCGCCCCCUUCCCUCUGCCACAGCAGUUGGCUCAUCUGGCACAACCUGGACUGCGCAUCCCUCCGCAGAUCCUGAGAGCCGGAUGGGGCCUGGGGCCAGCAGCAGACGAGGAGCCCAGACCCACCAUGCCCAGGUAUCCGGGUCUGCUCCGUGAGAUGCUCCCGCAGGAUCAGCAGUAUGAGCAGCGGGACCCUGCAGAAAUGCCUCCUCCUCAGUCUCGUCUCCUUCAGUACCGUCAGCAGAUCCAGCCCCGGAGCCCUGGAGACCUGCCGUCCCCCUCAUCCUCAGCCCCAAACCACAACUUCCCGGCCCCAGCCCAGCCCUCGUACCCCGACACCAGCCGAGAGCCGCCUGUGGGCUUCAGUCAGGCCCCGUUCCCGCCGGAUCACAGCGCGGGGCCACUUCCAGUCAAGUACCUGCUCCAGGAGGCCCACUGGCCCCAUCCCGGACACAUGCUGGGCCACGGGUUGCCCUUCGGCCUACAGGCGAUGGCACAGCGGCAGGAUCCAGGGCCGCUGCAGCACCAGCAGCAGAAACAGCAGCUCCAGGCCCCGCAGAGCUCCCUGCACAGCCUAGAUGAGUAUGAACCACGUGGCCCGGGGCGGCCCCUCUACCAGCGCAGGAUCUCCUCUAGCUCCCCUCAGCCGUAUCCGGACAGCCUGGAGCCCCAGGACCAGCCGGUGCCCUCCUACAGAUACCCCUCAGCAGACCUGUGGCUGGGUGGCCCCGGUCCUGUCCCGGGUCCCGCUCCCAUUCACAACAUUCCAUGCAAUGGAGCCAGUCACAUCGGCCCCCACCGCGAGAUUUUAGUUUCAAAGGCGAUGAGUGAAGAACAGAUGAAGGCCGAGUGUCUCCAGCCUCCUCCUCCGCCGCCUCCUCAUCCGGCCAGUGCAGCGUCUCUCCAGCAUCACGGACAGUUCCCACCUCUUCUGCCCAGCAAGCAGACGCCGCCAGACCCCGGUGGAGGAGGAAACACCAGCCCUGCGGGACACCCCAAACCCCCCACCAUGUCCUACGCCAGUGCCCUGCGCGCGCCGCCCAAACCACGGCCGAUGCUGCCCGAGCAGAGCAAGAAGAACAGCGACCCCAUCUCGCUCUUACAGGAGCUUAGCAUAGGCAGUUCAAACAGUAGCAAUGGCUAUUACACCUAUUUUAAAUAAGUCCAUAUCUAUAUGAACUAUAUACACCCGUUUAAAAACGAAUAGGAUAUUCAUUUUAAAAAAACAAACACAAAAAAAUGUUGGAGAAAAAAAAAUAGAAUAUCGAUUUUUAAAAAAGAAAACUGUUGGAAAAAAAUAUAUAUAAUAAAAUUUGAAGAAAAAAAAACUUUUUUUUUUUUUUUAAUAAAAUAAAAAAACUAAAUUUGAAUAAAAUGGUGAAAAAAAUGUUGGGAAUAAAAAUCGAAUAAAAUUUGUAAAAAAAAAA